AGCCUUGAAAACAUCUUGGGUAAGCACUGCGCGGACGAAAAGUUGCGCAAGGUGAUUGUCGAGAUGCUCGAUUGCUGCGCGGAUAUCACCGAGGCGUUGCGCUCGGCGCUCGUCACCGUGGAGGGGAGCGCGAACACCUUUGGUGACGCGCAACUUUCCGUGGACGUGAUCGCGGAUAACCUCAUGUGGGAUUGCGUGAAGAGCUCUGAAACUGUGGCGUACGGUGCGUCCGAAGAAGAGCCGGAAGUUGUGCAGUGCAACCCGAACGGCGAGUACACCGUGUGCUGGGACCCGCUCGACGGCUCCUCCAUCGUCGACAACAACUGGGCCGUCGGUACCAUCAUCGGUAUCUGGGACUCGACCUCCGGGACUGGCGCCGACGGUUUGCUCGGUGCCACCGGCCGCGACCAGCGCACGUCUCUCGUCGCGCUUUACGGUCCGCGUACCACCGUCAUCGUCGCCCUCGACGACGGCGUCUACGAAUUCUCCUACGGCUGCACGCCGGAGGGUUGCCAACUUCCGGACGGCUCCUUCGAGCCGUGGAUCUGCUCCCGCAUGAACAUUAAGAUCAACGAAACCUCCAAGAUCUUCUCUCCGGCGAACAUGCGCGCCGCGCAAGACACCGAAGGCUACAAGAAGUUGUUGGACUACUACAUGGACGAACGCUACACGCUCCGCUACUCUGGCGGCCUCGUCCCGGAUGUGUACCAGCAAUUCACCAAGAACCAAGGUGUGUUCUCCAACCCGACCUCCGCCAAAUCCCCGGCCAAGCUUCGCCUCGCGUUCGAAGCCGCGCCGUUCGGUUUGCUCGUCGAAAAGUCUGGUGGUAAGACGUCUGACGGCGUCACCGGCGGCUCCGUUUUGGACGUCCAAAUCAACACCGUUGACCAACGCACCGCGCUCUGCAUCGGCUCCGCCAAGGAAGUCGAACGCUUCAACGAGACGGUUCUCGGC